AUGUCCAAAUCCAACGUGGCGGUGAUAGACUGUGGAACAGGUUUCACUAAGUGUGGUUGGGCAGGCAAUCAGUCGCCGAGUUUCACGUUCCCUACGGCCAUUGCAGUCCGUCCCUCUGGCGGUGCGGGUGGUGCAUCUUCCACCUCAGCUUCCAGGGCUCCCGGUGUUCCUUCCAAACCUGGCGGAUUGGCCGGCAGCAGCUUGGCUAGCAAGCGAGGCAUCGAGGACUUGGAUUUUUUCAUCGGAAAUGAGGCUGUUGCGAAUGCCAAGACGUACCAGCUCGAGCAGCCCAUCAAGCAUGGGUUGGUCGAAAACUGGGACUUGAUGGAGAGGUUCUGGGAGCAGUGCUUUUUCAAGUACUUGCGAGCGGAGCCCGAAGAUCACUACACGAUGUUGACGGAGCCACCUCUAAACCCUCCCGAGAAUAGAGAGAAUACGGCAGAGAUCAUGUUCGAGUCGUUCAAUGUCAAGGGUCUUUAUAUUGCCGUCCAGGCCGUUCUUGCCCUGGCUGCUAGCUGGAGUAGUAAUAAGGUGACGGACAGGACUCUAACCGGUACUGUCAUCGACUCUGGAGAUGGUGUCACACACGUCAUUCCAGUGGCGGAAGGCUAUGUGAUUGGCAGCGCGAUCAAACACAUUCCCAUCGCUGGACGAGAUAUCACGUACUUCGUCCAGCAGUUACUCAGAGAAAGGGGCGAGGCGGCCAAUAUCCCACCAGAGGAUAGCAGGAGGGUGGCAGAGAAGAUUAAGGAAGAUUACAGUUACGUUUGCCAAGACAUUGUUCGAGAAUUUAGGCGCUACGAUGUCGAUCCAUUGAAGUACUUCGAGCGCUUUGAAGGCGAGCAUACAGUCACGGGCCGCAAGUACUCUGUGGACGUCGGUUAUGAAAGAUUUCUGGCGCCGGAGAUUUUCUUCAAUCCAGAGAUUGCCAGUUCGGACUUUUUAACCCCCUUGCCAGAGGUGGUCGACACCGUGAUCCAGCAAAGCCCAAUUGAUGUCAGGAGGGGUCUCUACAAGAACAUCGUUCUUUCCGGAGGUUCUACCAUGUUUGCCCACUUUGGUCAGCGAUUGAGGAAAGACUUGCGCUCGAUCGUCGACUCCAGAUUGGCUGCAUCCGAGGUCGCAAGCGGAAGUUUGAUGCGCAGCUCGGGCAUUGACGUUAAUGUCAUUUCGCACAAAAUGCAACGGUACGCUGUGUGGUACGGCGGCUCUCUUCUGGGCAGUCUUCCAGACUUUCAAGGUGCUUGCUACUCCAAAGCAGACUACGACGAGCAUGGUCCAGGGAUCGUUAGAAAGUUCAGCAUCUUUGGACAGGCCAGCUAG